CUUCUUGAACGAUCGAAAAGCGUCCGUGCCUGUGCUUUGCUCGUAUAUCUCCUCGAGUUCUCCUACUCCCCCCCUCCUUCUUCCUUUCACCCUUCCAUUACGCCGCAAGUAGCACCAGGGGCGGGACUGGAUUCCAAGCCAGGUCGAAGGGAGUAUAAGAGGCGUGGAAGAAGGAGUGACUACGGAUCGAAGCGGCCUCUCAUCGCUAUUCCUAGCUUGGUCCGACCGUCUUCACACCGCCAUAGGCCGAAGUAGUCUCUAUAAGGGACCCAUCAUGGCCGAUUCAGCUGGUGAGGCCUCUACAUCGCGGUCGCCCAUGGUCUCUUCGGCUAUCUUCAUUCCUGCGACCGCAGGCGACACCCUCAUCUACCGGCAGGCGUCCUCGUACUCCCUCGUCGAGCCAUCAGAAGCGACGUCUGGUGUCUUUUUCGUCCCUAUACCCCCUCGAAGAUCGCCACGACAGCUCGAGAAAUCGCCGAGAUCGACAGAGCGGUCAUCAAGAAGAGCAGACGGAGGUACAAGACCAGGCUCGAACGUAGAUAGAAGCGAAGCAAGAUAUGAACCCAGACUGGUGGAGAAUACUAGGAAGCUCAACCUCUCGGUCGCACCGAGAGCGCCACAACCAUCACUGGCCACCGAGGUCACGCUCUCGGACCGGAGCAAUCCUUGUCCCAAGAUCAUCUUUGAACAAAAGUUCUUUCGAAAAGGUAACCACCCGCCGCCGCCGACGCCGCCACCACCACCACCAGGCGAUGGCUCUUCCAUGUCGCUAGUAGGGUCGACCAGUCGAGCGCCUUCGCUGUCAACAUCGGUGGUCUCAGAUAUGACAGGAACCUUGACUUCGCCGACGUCCACAUCGAAUGCCAGUCCUGGUCCUUUUGCUGGAACAACGCCAACUGCCUCUGCUAUCGAGGUCGAAUCAAAUCCUGCAUCGCCUCGGCCCUCCACGAAUGCCUGGAACAAACCCCGAUCAUGGGUUACAUUGGCCACAAAGGGAGACGGUGGCGCUCUCAGCUAUCGAGCACCCGCCCCGGCCUCCUCAAACGUCAGCCCAGCUUCGGGAAGCGUGCAACUGGCAGACAGCAUGUCGAGCUUGCCAAGUCAGUCUCCCAGCCAACGCGCUAUUCCAGCCUCGAGCUCGAAACUACAGGGACUCAAUGGCAAAGCCAACGGCCAUUCCCUCGCCCCCAAGCUGUCCAAGAUGGACACGCUGAUGGAGGAUGCUGAUAAGCAAUUCGUUGCUCCCCUCACCUACCCACGAGGCAUGAUCAACAAAGGCAACUUUUGUUUCGCCAAUGCAAUCCUCCAAGUCCUCGUGUACUGCGCCCCGUUCUACAAUCUUUUUCAGACCGUGAGCGAGAAUGUUCCUCACGAUUUCAACAACAGCACCCCUCUCAUGGAAGCGAUCAUUCACUUUCUCAAGGAAUUCCACAGGAUCCCCUCAGCUCCUCGAGAUGACGAUCCGGCAGCCGCAUCAUCGUACGUCGACUUGAUCCGCGAGGUGCAAGCGACGUCCGAGCCGUUUGUUCCCGAGUUCGUGUACGAAGCUAUGCGGCUCAAUAAGCGCUUCGACCUCAUGCGAAGAGGGCACCAGGAAGACGCGGAAGAGUUUCUUGGAUUCAUACUCGACACGCUGCACGAAGAGCUCAUGGUUGCCAUGAAGAAGUGGCAUGCACGAUCGGGCUCUGCUGGCAUGGUUAAUGGCUCAGCGACGACAGCCACAACAUCUUCAGCACCGUCCCAGCAAGGCACAGAGGAGGGCGGAGAGGAAGAGGAAAGCGAAGAGCGGGAGGUAAGGCGGCCUCUCAGUCCCUCGGAGGAAGGCUGGCUGGAGGUGGGACAAAAGGGAAAGACAAGCUUCACGAGAACCACCACUGCGAGCGAGUCGCCCAUCACUCGCAUAUUUGGUGGAAAGCUUCGAAGCGUGCUCAAGACGCCCGGUGUCAAGGACAGCGUUACGCUGGAGCCCUACCAACCGCUUCAGCUCGAUAUUCAGCCAGCAAACGUCACAAGUAUCGAUGAGGCGUUGGAGAACCUCUGUGCCCCUGAAACAAUCCCCGGCGUUUUUUCUCCAGCGCGAAAUGGGCCUGUCGAUGCCACGAAGCAAGUCUUUAUCGAGACACUUCCUCCUGUCUUGAUCCUCCAUCUCAAGCGAUUCGUCUAUGAUGAAGUUGGCGGCGUCCAAAAGAGCUCCAAAGAGGUCAGCUAUGGGCCGACGCUUGACAUCAACGACAAAGUGCUCAGCCCGACAAGGCGAGUAGAAGGGAAGAAAAAGUACAGGCUCUUUGGCAUCGUCUAUCACCAUGGGCGCUUUGCAUCUGGCGGGCACUACACUGUCGAUGUGCUCCGGCAGGAUCAGUCCGAAUGGCUCCACAUUGACGACACGUUUUGGACAUCGGUAGGCGCGCCGGCGCUGAAGACGUCGGGCGAGGCAGGUCCGACGCCAAGUCCGAUUAACAAGCGCCAUGAUGGAGUCGCCUAUCUGCUUUUCUACGCACGCGAGGACGUCAUUCAGGUGUCCUCAAAGGCGGCAGGUACAGCAGAGACAAAGACCAUGGUCCUGCCCACCAAGAAAACAAACUCCCGGCUGGGAAACCAAAUGCCUUUGGAAGGAGGCAGCAAAAGGGGAAGCAACAACCAUUCGAGGGCAAACAGUACCAUGAGCCAGGUGGCCGAAAUGUCUCCUGAGAAGACGGAGCGCAUCGUGCCAGGUGCAGCGGCUACCGCCUCUAAAAAGACCGCAGGGCGCUGAGAGCCCUAGACGUGCACAAACGCAAUCAUACACAUAACAAGCAAGAUCAUCACAAUGUCACUUCUGGCUCGCUUCAUUCUCAUAUCCUCUUGUUCUUCUCUGCAAUAUAAGGGCACAUUCAAAGUCAU